AUGAGUUCUAGCGUAGAUGCUGGGAACUCACCGAUGUUCCCGGUUGAUAAAGACCUACAGAUCGCGGACUCUGCUCAGCCGUUGACCCAGACAACGUCGAUUCAAAUAUUCAUCCAGUUAGCUGAACCAGUUUUAUUCUUACAGGGGUUUGAACAGCACCAGUGGGAGGAGAGACCCCCUGGUCUUCUGAGGGGAACUCUCAUAAUCCGCGUUCUAAAGCCCAGUAAAAUAAAAUCGAUAGAUCUCACUUUCAAGGGAACAUCCAGAACAGAGUGGCCAGAGGGGAUUCCGCCCAGAAGACAAGAAUUCCUGGAGACUAUAGACAUAGUAAACCACACAUGGCCAUUUUUCCAACUUGAACACAACAACGUGCACAGCAGCGGUUCGACGGAUGCUGAUGAUUUAUUAAAAGGAAGUUGCGCAUCUUUGUACCGUCCGCUGAAGAAUAAGCGAGGCAGCGUUAGCUACAUCAACCUCAACGCAGCAACGCCUGCAUCUCCGCCAAAAAAUCAGGGUACAAAUUUCCUGCCUAUCGGUAACAUUUUGCGCAAAGCAACGUCGCCUGAUAGUCAAAAACGCGAGAGAUCGCGGUCCAUAUCAGACCUACUAGCUGGAACGCUAUCUAAUAACAGUGAUAAUGCUUCUCUAUUUUCCAAGUCUUCGUCUUCGGGUGGGGAGCCCUUCAUUUUUCAGCCCGGUGACUAUAUUUACGGUUUCGAGCAGACGAUUCCACUGUCUUGUCCCGAGAGCGUUCAGGCGGCCUUCGGAUCUGUUGAAUACACACUUUCGGCUAACGUUGAAAGAAGCGGUGCGUUCAAGUCCAAUCUGCAUGCAAGACUCCCCCUUGAAGUUAUUAGAACACCAUCAGAUUCGUCAGUUGAGGAAACAGAACCGAUAGCCAUAUCCCGUGAUUGGGAGGACCAACUUCACUAUGACAUUGUGAUAGCAUCUAAGGAUAUUGUGCUUGAUGCCUUCCUUCCUAUAGCUUUCAAGAUAACGCCCAUGGACAAGGUCAACCUACACAGAAUUCGAAUUUACCUCACCGAAACAAUGGAAUACUACUGCAAGAAUAAGAAAGUUCAUAGAUUAGAACCCGCCAAAAAGUUUCUUCUCGCCGAGCACAAGGCUCCUGUGUUGGAAAACUUACCAAGCAACGCGAAUGCCUCGAAGGCAAAGAAUCUUGGAAAUCUUUUGAUCGAUGAAAGCAACGGAGACUUAGUGUCAAAGGAAUUUGGUUAUCAAGUUUUCAUACCUGAAAGGUUGAAUUUACAGCAGAGAAUUCACCCGGAUACUUCGUAUCAGAAUAUUAAAGCAAACCACUGGAUUAAAAUUUGCUUAAGAUUAUCUCGUAAUCUGGAUGGAAAGAAGAAGCACUAUGAAGUUAGCAUCGAUUCACCGAUACACGUUUUGAAUAAAUUGUGCUCGCACGCCAACACUCUUCUGCCCAGUUAUGAUACUCAUACUUUUAUACCAGGGACGGAUUGUUCUGAAUUCGGAGACUUGAAUGUGAAUCUAUAUCAUGUUUCAAACCUCUACUUUCCAAAGGAGGUAAUUGGGUCGCCAGCGCUGUCCCCGGAAGUCAUGCCUUUAGAAGAACGUGGAACUUUCUCACCCAGGUCUUUGUCCCCCAUUCGGAACGGAGGAUCCAGCAUCAGCCUUCAUUCGAGGAGAGCUGACGGUCAACCGAAAAUGCUCGACGACUUCAUCCUGAGAUCUCCAGAGUUGAAAUCGAAUGUCUAUCAACCUGACAACAUCAAACCAGAGCUGACAUCGCCACAAGCUAUUCCUCUGUCCCCGAUAUCCUCACCAAGAGCAAGACCAAUAAAUAUGAUUCGUACCCCAAGCUUCGAGCCUCCUCCUUUUGAUGCAAACGAGCCUCCUUCGCGAACACUUUUCAAAGCAAUGACGGACCCAAUGUCUCGUGCACCAAGAGACCCUCCGACAUAUCAAGAAGUUAUGGCAGCUGAUGGAGUAGCGCCUGUUCUUCGUCCUCCAAAAUUCAAAAUCACGAGCUCAAACGAGUAUGACGACGACGGGGUGGACCCAAAAAACACCCAAAAAAAGAAUCUCGAGGAAGAAAGUGGUGACAUUGCAUCGUCGUUUUCUUUCAAUGGCACACGACUGGAUUCUCCUGAUUUGCCAAGCUCUAUUUUGAAAAGCUCUCCCAAAUUGAGGCCUUUGAAUUUUGCACACGGGCCAAGCAGGCGAGGAAGCAUUCAAGAUAACUUGCCGUCAACAGUCAAAAAUUCCAGCGAGAAUUAUAGCGACCUGAACGAUAUUUUGAACAGCCCGGAUAUCUCCACUGAUCGUAACAUUGUCCCCAGCCGAUCGUCUUCUGCUGCCGCAUCACCUCGUUCUUCAAUAGAGACUGCUGCAAGUUUUAUCACCCAACGCGAAGAUACAAUGAAUAUGGAGCCUCUUCUCAGUCCCAAAGCCAAUCAAACUUUGGAUACGCUUUUGCAGUCGAAAGAGUCCCUCGACGACUACGCGGACGAUGCCACUGAGGCAUCUGUUGACAUAACAGCAUUGUACGACCGGAACUCAAAUAGCUGGCACCCAUUACAAAAUAACGUACCAACCCAUCCAAUAAUUUCAAGACAGUAUUCUUCAGGGGUGGCAGAUGGUAACAAUGUUUUUGAAGAUUUUAAGAAAGCGUUUAAAAUUCCGGCUGGAACGGAAUAUACUCGAGCAAGUACAAAACAAGAGUUAACCACGUCCUCAGCAACUGCAGGCUCUGAAAGCAGUCCAGAAAAUAUAACAUUCAGUGACUCUCCACAGACAAAUCAAUGA